AUGACAGAACUGAACAACAUCAAGAGCUCUCAGAAAAGUACAAUGGAAAAGAAGGUUUUCACUCUGCUGCAGAACUGUAGAGAGAACACAUAUGGUCUAUCAGAUGAGGCCCUCAGUGAAGAGUUUGAAAUCAUGUGGGAGAAAACUCUGUCUGAGAUACACUUCAAGGACUUCCUAAGCGAGAUGUUGCGCAAUAUGCCUUCUCAUGUUGAGGGAAAAUCUGUCAACAAGGAGCAGUCAUGUCAACAGUCUGUUGGUUGGAAACCAGACUGGUGGAUGUGGGAGAAAAGCCUUUGUUUGGAAUCAGAGUGUUGGUGGCGGCAAACUAAAAACAUAGUAAAGCACUGGAAUUCCGACCAUCACAGGAAACAACUACAAGACCUCUGUGAUGACAUCAUAACCACAGUGUCAGGAGUUUAUAACCCAGAGGGUGAAAAGCAAAACAGAUUACCAUGACACUCACAUCAAAGAACUGCUUAGAAUAAUUGACAAAACAUUGCUACAACACACACAAGUUAAAGCCCAGUGAGGAAUGUGAGGUUUCUCUCAAACAACACAUCUGUGGCAGAGCAGCCAGAGAGUUUCAGAAGAUGCAUGAUGAUUUCAUUGAAGUCAAUGACCCAAGGAAUUGUCUGGAUAAUUCUAAGAACAAGUACCUUACUGAGUUCAGAGACUUGUUUCAUGACCGAGACAAGUGCCAAAAGAAAGCUGAGGACUUCACAAAGCUCUGUUUGCAGCCAGCUGUACGGGACUUGUGA